AUGCCAGACGUGACAAAGUCAAAAAAUGGCCCAAAACGGGCUCGCCUACCGGCAUCAGACAAGAGGUACCCUCGGAAAAGAGGUUUAACGGCAUGUCAUGUAUGCCGCGCCAGGAAGACAAAGUGCGACAACGUGCAGCCUACAUGUGGGUUUUGUGCAUCAUUGAAUAUUCCUUGUUCUUACGAUAACGCUGAGAGGAAUCUUUCGCAAUUUGAUCCAGCUAGUUUGGAAAUCCUUCGCCAAUUGGGGCAGAUCAUCAGUACCCAAAAUGAACUUACACACACAGUUCGGUCUAUCGCCGCAUCCCAAUCUCAUGUAGCAUUGGGGCCAGGUGCAUCUCAAGAUCAACUACGCUUCCACGGUAGUCUAAGCACAGAUGAAACAGUACAACCGCAGCAUGAGCUUCACCUGACAGACUGGUUUGCAGGACAGUCAGAUUCAGCUUCAACAACGCCAUCCUCAUCCGCAAGUGCAGCUGCAGUUCAAUGGUUCGGAAUUCUAGCUAAUGACGCCCCAAACGAAGAAGUCCCAGUUCCAGAUGCGCUGCAGGGCGAUCUUCUUGAUACAUCUCCAGAUGGUCAAACCGAAAGCGACAUCACUCCAUUACAGAGAGCGACAAGGGCCAUUGACACACAACCAGGGAUAUCCAACAGACGAACCAGUCGCAAUUCGAAAGUCCCUGAGGAGAGCCUAUGGCAGGCUUCUGGGGGUAUAUCACUACUCGAUCAAGAGCAGGACCUGUUUCGGAACUUUUUGCAUAGGAUAUGCUCAUGGCUUGACUUGUUCGAUCCAGCCAGAACCUUCUCCACAAGAGUGCCGCAUCUCGCUGUGCGAAAUGCAGGUCUUCUCAACGCCAUCCUUGCAUUAUCAAGCUACCAUCGGUCUCUCGAUGAAGGCAUUCCACCGAAUCAGCGUCCUGACCAGAAUAUAGCCUUGCAGUAUUACUACCAAACGUUACACUAUGUUCAAAAGGCCAUGCAGUACUCAACGUAUCAGAACAGCCAGGAACUAAUGGCUACGACGCUCAUGGUGUCAACGUAUGAAAUGUUACGCGGAUCACGACAAGACUGGCAGAAGCACCUUCAAGGCGUAUUUCGGAUACUAAGAUCAAGGCAGAUUGAAGUAGAAACGUCAAGUCUUGAAAGUACGACGUGGUGGGCCUGGCUACGACAAGAUAUAUGGGUUGCUUUUCGCGAGAAGAGGAGGACGUAUACUUCAAGAGCUGUCUGGAUCAUGGCGCAGGUCAUUAAUUUCUGUGCCGUCGACUCAUCGAUUGAGAUGGAAGGUGGCAUGGUGGGGAGGAUAAGCUGGGCAAAGGCUCUGAAGAACAUGUUGAUUGAAUGGCAGUCUCAUUUGACGGUUGAGUUCUCGCCAUUGCCUACCAUGGGCCACUAUGGGACCGAAAUCUUCAAACCGCAUCUCAUACAUCCGCAAUGCUUUGGACUUGCGGUGCAGCUUCAUCAUUGCUCCCGGAUCCUCAUUGCAGCUCACGAGCCACAACUUGACGGUAUACAAGGUCUGCUAAAGCUUCAAAAGGAAACGCAACAGAGUAUCGAUAUAGUCUGUGGAAUUGGCAUGACUCUCAACGAAGACGCGCCAAGCAUGUUGUCCUCACAAUGUCUCUUCAUCGCUGGUAUGUUUAUGCAAGAUCCUCGUCAGAAGGAGGCCGUCUUGGAGAUGUUGGAUUCUUGUCAGAAGAGAUGCGGAUGGCCCACGCCUUCACUCAGGUCAGAGCUGGAAGAGAUUUGGAAUAAUCCUGAUGCUCUUUGUGAUAGUCAAACUUGA